GUGCUACUUGUCACUGCGACCAACCUUUUUCUUCGUCCUUUGCCUGGAAUUCCGCCUGACUGGGGAACGAGUACCAAACCCAAACAGCACGCUCAUUAUCCUGGUUUCGGUGUGUUUCCGCUGCACACCGGGGUGGGGAUCAACUCGAGCCAAAGGAGGGGGAGCCUGCCCCAGCUAUUUUUGGCACCCGACGGGAUGCUGAGGACGGGAUGAGCCGACUGACUGUUAGGCUGGUUGUCAGGGGCAAGGACUGGCCGUCUCGACAAGCGAUUCCUAACGGCAACAGGCAUACAUUUUCGGCAGCCAGACCAAUCCUACGCGGCCGCGUUUUCGCGAAACACAACAACACAGACACAGACAUACUGCAGGAUCAACGGGCUGCGGAUCGAUCGAGGCACUGUUCCGCGCUCGGCCUCGGCCUCGAUGCUUCCACCCAGUCUUGCGAGACCUUGGUCGGGGUGCCAUGUCUCGAGGCAAUCUCGUGGCUGAAUUUCCUUGGAGGGCUUUGACGCGACCUCGAGGUCUCACCUGCCCAUGAAGCUUGGAAGUGCCUAGAUUGACCUCGAUAUGGAUGUGUUAUUUCCAUCCUCCCAGCCUGGGCCUCAUGCUUGAUCCUGAUGCUUGUGUGCUAUUGAUACCGUGCCGUGCCGCCCCACCACCCUUGAAUUGGAUCAAGCUGGCACGCUGGCUGUCAAACCAGCACACACUGGUGGAUCGCCGCACGGAUGCAUAUUUGAUGGGCGCAGGAAGGUGCUAAAACUGGAGGGAUCACCACUACCUGCCCAGGUAACCAAUCCAAUCAAGACUUGGCCCCCCCGCCAGCGCGUCUCGUCACCAGAAAUCGCGUCUGCCACCAAACCGCCGACUAAAUUGCUUGCAUGCACCCAGCUCGCAUCGGCUGGUUUAUUCCCCCCAAGAGCGCCGGAUCUGGCGUUGUUAGCCCUCUUCUGGAGGCGGCGCACCUUCAUCCCUGCAGCCCGCAGCGCCUCCUGCAGUACACGACAACGGCAAACGGGCUCAAUAUCCGGCAAAAAUGAGAGCCGCCGUCGUGUAACAGCACCCACCCAAGCCAUGUUGCAGACUCCCUGAGCGGAUCUUUAUCCCCGCCACCACCAAGGAUUGCUAUCAGCCCAGUAGGGAAGGUAGGUACAGCAAUCGAGUAAGCCAACCCACCCGAGACACCACACACAGACGCACAUAGGAGUCAUCAGGGACGCGACAAUGGACGAGAGUGACGAUCAUCAGAGUCUCGGGCCCCAGCUCGACGACCUGGCCACCGCCUCCAAGAUCCCGGCCAAGCGUCGCGGCGUCUCCAUCAAGCCCACUAUCGAAAGCAUCACAUCGCUUUCGUAUGAGAGGGGUCUGAUCCCCGCCGACCUGGUCCGGCUUGUCGACCUCAUCACAGCAUCGGGCCACCACCUCGACCAAGCCAGCCUAGGAGCCCUCGUGAGGAGCCUCUACCCGGCCGGCCCCGUGUCAGACGACGUGGUCCUCACCGUCGUCGGCUCCCUCGGACACGGCCAGCUGAAGCCGUCGCUGCCGAUCCAGUCGCUGCUGCUCAGGUGGCUGGUUAUGAUAUAUCACAUUCUCGAUAGCCGCGCCGUCCUGUCCCAGUCAUACCCUGUCUUAUUCAACCUGCUCGACACGGCCGCCAUAAGGCCUCAGCUAUGCCACCUGCUUGCUUUAGUCACUCGUCGAAAACAUGUCCGUCCGUUCAGGAUCCAGUCCAUCUUGGACCUUUCCCGGCAAACAGGCCACGACCCCUCGCUGGUCGGGCUGCUGAGGAUAUACAAAAAUUACUAUCCCGAAGUGAUAGUUGGCGAUGUUACGAGGGGGAAGGCAUCCCCGUUCAAGUACCCUGAUCCAGAGUGGCGGGAAAGGCUCGGGGAGAUCCAAGCAGCGCAUCGCCUACGACAGGAUCGUCGCAUGGCCGAUAGCGGUCCCCGAAACGGAUUCAGAGUGAACCACAACGUUGAUCGUCGGAAGAGCACACUAUUGCCGCCUGUCCAGACAUCACACGCCAACGAGGAAUCGGUGACAAUCGAAGAAAUCGACAGCGUGGAGCAGUUUGUCGAUAACUUGGAGAAACUCGAGCUUCCCAACCAGCUAGUGGCCGUGCUGGCCGACCCCUUGCUGCAGAAGUUGCUCAUGCUGAGGCCGGACGCCACUGCCGGUGCGAGAAUAAGCAACUGGCUCGACUCUUCAAUCGCCGAUGCAGCUGACGAUGCUCAUACUGAUGGUGGCAGAGCUCUUCUCGACCUACUCGAGCUUGUCCAUGACCAUGCCGAACAAACACAGUCGCUCCACCCGUUGUUCGAUCGUUUACUACACCAGCUCUAUCCGGCAUGGAACGGAAAGGACAGGAGAAAUGUUGUUUUGGACACUCUGACUUUUAUCCCACUUGGGUCCUUUGCAAAGCUCUACGAGGUUCAUUUUCGCCCUGUAGAGAGCAAGGUCCUGGAUGACACGCCAGAGCCACAGCUGGCCCUCCUGGAGUUUUAUACUUGUCUACUCCGGCGCUGGACGGUGCAGAUACUCUCACUUACCGGGGCCGUCCCAAAGCAUGCGCCGGACGCAGUCGCUGCGCUGACCGGGCACGUCAACAAGCUCUGCCUGACGCUGGCGCAGCAACAAUCGCCGCCGGCCGCGACGUCGACGCACAUGCGCAUCAUCGGCUUUUACGACGCAGCCGCCCGGCUCAUAUCGAACCCCAGCGCCAUGCCACACAUGCACAUAGUGGCGCCGCCCGCCGCCGUGCUGUACGCGCUCGGCUUCUCGGACUCACCCGCCGUGCUCUCGGGCCUCUGCGGCGUCCUGGCGCGCUACAAGCGUGGGCUCGAGGUGAUCAUGAGCGGCGGCGGCGGCGCGUCGCGGCCCCGGCUCACGGUCGCCGAGCGCGAGCAGGUCGCCGUGUUCAACCGCUUCUUCAUGGACACGUGCAACUGCCUCUGGCGCGGGCGCGCGCUCGAGAAGGCGGGCGACAACGCCGUCGGCUGCGGCCUGGCCGACGCCGUGAUCGCGGCGCUCGAGCGCUGGGCCACGGCGGCGGCUGAGGACGAGGCAGACAAGGGCGGCAAGGCGCUCAAGGCCAUGUACGGCGUGAGCCGCUCGCCGGCGCUGUGCCUGGCCGCACGCGACUUUUUGCAGGGCCUCGAGGAGGCCGAGAUGCGGGCGGCCGAGGCCGAGGCCGAGCCACUGUUGGCGCGCCACGCGGGGCCGGCGUCGCAGCAGAGCCUAGCCCGCCUAGCGCGCGACGGCGGCCUCGACGUGCAGUGGCAGGAGUUCCGGCUCGGCGUGCUGGACGAGUUCCAGCGGCUGGGCUUCGGCGGCGUGCCCGACCUGCUGUACCAGGCCAUGAAGGGGCUGAUGGGCACGCGGGCCCGGGCUGCGCAGGGCCAGGGGGGUGGUUGAUUGUGGGUGUGAUUUCUUUGGUGUGUGUCGCUUCCUAAAGUUCAGUACGAGCUUGUAGCAUAGUCGUACAUGCACUAAGAAACAAAGGGUCCGUGUGACCGGAAAAUUCAGGGCUUCUUGA